AUGGUCUAUAAUUACAUAGAACCCCUAAUUCAAGGCAAUUGCUUAACACUUGACUUACCUGAGAGUGAGUGCGAGUGUGUAUUGUGUGGGUUCGCGUACAAAAUGUCAACGCAAUCUUCACCACAACCACAUCCACCGCAACAACAGUCGGACACCAGUCUCUCUGAGAGGCGAUUAAGUGCACUAAAAGUUGUGAAAUAUUUAUUCAUCUCUUCGCUAAUAAUAUUGAUCAUCGGUUCGGUUGUAUUGUUUGGUUUAUCCAUCGACUCUAUAGUGAACAUCAGCGCCAAUAUCGACACAAUUGAACGCUUCGGUGUGACUGAACUGGCGGUCAAACGGACCGAAAGACUACAACAACAAAGUAUAUAUUGCUUUUUGUUUUGUUUUGUGGAGCUAUUAAUGCAUAUAUUAUUU